AUGGCAGAGAAGGGUAAGAAAGGAACUACCGAAAAAAACCAGCCUAGUAUCGAGGACCUGGGUAAAAUCUUCGACGAAAUGGCUCAAGAACGCUUGGGACAGCGUGUUACGAUAUCACGAAGAAGGCAACGAAAGAAACGGGCACCAUCGAUCUGGGCCAUGAAUCCAGAGCACUUUAACAUGCAGAUGCUCACCCUGGAGCCGACACCUACCUCAGAGGAUCGCUAA